UACUAAUCAGAGAAAAUAGAGGGAGGAAAAUGUGGAAACAAGUUGAAAAGAUGUUCUCCAGCGGAAAAGACUCGCGACUUAGUAACCUAGAUGAUACAUAUACAAGUUUCUGUAGAAGUCCCUUACACAUAGCAGUUAUGUCUGGUGACAUCAAUUUUGCAACAAAAAUCCUAUCCAAGAAACCUCAUCUUGCAUUGAAACAAGACUCAAAUGGAUUUACUCCACUGCACCUAGCUUCCGUGAGAACAAGUCUUCCGAUGGUGAAAAUGUUGCUCAAGGCCAAACCUGGCGCUUGUAUCGUUCAAGAUGAAGAUGGAAGAACACCUCUACAUCUAGCAGCUAUGAAGAAUCGAGUGGAGAUCAUGAAAGCACUAAUCGAAGAAGGACUACCCGAAGCAAUUCACCUAAAGAACGAUCAAAAUGGUGAGACCAUACUACAUUGUUGCGUUAAAAGUAACACUAAUGUGAAAACUCUUGAGAUAUUGACAGAUUACUUGGUGCGUGCACAACCUCCAUACCCAAAUUUUGUAUCUAUCAACUCCACAGACAACGAUGGCAACACAAUCUUGCACCUUGCUGUGGAAAUGGGGAAUCUGAGGAUUACGGAUUAUUUACUGCUUAAUAGAUAUGUAACAAUUGAUAUAAAUAUCACAAACAAGAAAGGCCUCAAAGCCUUGAAUAUGUUAUCGGAAGCUAAAAAAAGUGAUUUAAAAUUUGGGUUUUAUGAUUUCCACGUACGCCUCGACAAGCAUAAGAGUAAGACUUUGUCUAAAAAUGGAGAUGAGCAUGAAGGGCUUAGAAAGAGGGUUAAUGCGUUAAUGGUGGUGGCAACAUUGAUAGCAGGAAUCGCCUUUCAAGCUGCAAUGAGCCCACCAGGUGGGGUUUGGCAAGAUGAUUCUAGACUUAACUCAAAUACUGACCCCGUUACUUUUGCUUAUUAUCUUGGAGCAAUGUAUGGCUCCUAUGUGUCCGGUGGUUUGGAAGAGUACAUGGAUAUCAACGUGCGAGAUGGCCUAAUUUCUGACAAUAGAGGAGGAUAUUUUAACAUUAAAGAAUUUGUGAAAGAUUUAAUCAAUAUAUCCAGUGGCGGCUAUGCGGAUAUGAUGGAAAAAGGCUUAAUUCUGGAGGAUUUCGGAUUUACUGAUGCUAUUUUGAACUACAACAACAGUUUGAAUAGCAGCACCAGCACAGAUGAGUUUUUCCCUUAUUUAAUACGAUAUGCUGGAUACCCUAUACUAGCUUAUACAUUUCCGAACAACUACGUGAUUUACAUGGUUACUAAUGGAGUUGCGCUUCUUGCAUCUCUGACUAUUAUAGCUUUGGUCGCAUGUGGGUUUAUGAUCGAAACAACUAUCAACCAAGUCCGGUUUCUUGUUAUGUUGAUGUGCAUUUCAAUCACAUGCAUCUCCUUCAGUUACAUGUCUAUAUUAGACGCUAUGCUGCCUUUUUAUUAUGUUGAACAACGACGUACUUUUAUAACACUCCAAGUAUUCUUUGGAGUCGGCUGCAUUUUGGGAGCUGGGCUCUUCAUUUGGACUUUAAUAAGGGAAAUACUUAAGCUAAGAAAGAGAAUGUGGUACCAGCAUAUUGAGUUUAUUAGUUAUCUUAAUUACCUUGAAGCGUUCGUCUUCAGUAUGGAUGCAAAGGCUGCAGCAGAACUCAUUUUAUUUACCGUUGGUUACUUUGCUUUACGUCUUAAUGGAUAUAUUUAUUAUGGUAGUUGGUCCCACGUCCAUCCGUUAUUGUAUUAAAACAGAGUCCUGUUUCGGGUUACAGACAAUGUGUGUGCAUGACUAAUUUUAUCAAAAGCUAGAAUAAAUAAGUUUUGAUGGGCUCCGGAGAUGUUCACUCCGGGUGGUUACAAUGGGCUAUUGUUUCCUAUGGUGUUUCUUGUUUGUGUUCCAUACUUCGAUUGGUUGUGCUUGUUUAUAACAUUUUGAAAAUAAAUAUAUGUACUAGAUGAUUGUAGUAGCAAGUAUGUAGUAUACAUAUCCAGCCAAGUUAUUAAUGGAGUUGCACUUCUCGCGUCUCUGACUAUGAUAACCUU